AUGCACAGGGGCGGAAGGAGCGGCAGCCGAGACCCGGAAGGGAAAUCGGCGAGGGUGGAAGGUUGGGGGUUAAGCGAUCCCUGCGCGAGGCUGGGAGCGGGCAGUGAGCGCGGAGGAGCAGCUGGCGAGGGUCCCGGCCAGCCAGUCACCGCGCAGAGGGUAACGGUCAGAGGCGGCUGGAGGGCGGGGCCACGCCGUGUGGAGAGCGGUAGUGUGGACUUUGUGCAGGAGACAUCCCUGAAAAUGGAAAACAACACAACCACAGAGAUUCUGAAAUCUACCAGACCAUCCAUCCUUAAAGAAGAGGCAAUCGCAGAAAGAAAAUGGGUGAAGCUUGAACAGACGACCUAUGUUGAUCCCUCAGGUAAAACCAGAAUUUGGGAAACCGUAAAGCGUACUACCAAGAAAGAGGACAGUUCAGCUGAUGGUGUAUCAGUUAUACCUGUGUUACAAAGAACUCUCCACUAUGACUGCAUUGUUCUAGUGAAACAAUUCAGGCCUCCAAUGGGAGGAUAUUGCUUGGAAUUCCCUGCAGGCCUCAUUGAGGGAAAUGAAAGCCCAGAAAGCGCUGCCUUGCGAGAGUUGGAGGAAGAAACGGGGUACAAAGGGGAUAUCGUUGAAUGUUCUCCAGCUGUUUGCUUGGACCCUGGUUUGACAAACUGCACAACGCACAUUGUGACAGUCACCAUUAAUGGAGAUGAUGCUUGUAAUACAAGACCCAUGCAAAAGCCUGAGGAAGGAGAAUUUGUGGAAGUUGUUUCACUACCAAAGAAUGAUCUACUGCAGAGAAUUGAAGAGCUAGUGGCAGAAGACCAUAUUUUAGUGGAUGCCAGAGUUUACGCCUAUGCAUUGGCACUGAAGCAUGCAACACAAAAACCCCUCCAAGUGCCUUUUAUGAAGUUCUAAGGCUGCAUCUGUACCCUCGUUGAAUAGUGCCAGGAUGGAGUCAAAUGGUCAAUAUAGACUUGGAAGCUGUAUGUUUUCUGACAAUAAAAGGUCCUGUAGAUUACACACAGUAUUAAGCAAUCAUAGUUCCAGGAAAGAUUGCUUGAACUACUUGUACUAUAUAAAGCCUUUCUCUAACUGUUCAAUCUCUAACUCUGAAUGGAAUUUUAUCCUUUGCAGAAGAAUAAAAAAUCAUGGCCUGUUAA